AUGGCCACUUUUGUUAAUUGGUUGAAGAGUCCAGCCGGCCGACAAUAUUUCUUCAGCACACAUUUCUGGGGGCCGGUUGCUAAUUGGGGACUUCCGUUGGCUGCACUGACGGACUUGAGCAAGGAUCCUGAGCUGAUUUCCGGGCCCAUGACUACUGCUCUAGGCGCUUAUUCGAUCUGUUUCAUGCGCUUCGCAUGGAGAGUCCAGCCUCGAAAUUAUCUGCUGUUUGCUUGCCAUGCUGUCAAUUUCUCUUUGCAGUCCGUUCAAGGAGGUAGAUUCAUCAAACACCAAAUGGAGGAAAAUCGGAAUCCGAAGGCCGAAACGAAAAAACUUGCAAGCUCUUAAACCAAAAUGAAUCCUGAGAUUAACUGCAACCCAUACAUUUGUGAACCUGCCGACACUGAAA